AUGGGCAACGUUUGCGUCUGCUGCAAGUGGGGCCGAGACGGACAUUAUGAUGAAAAUGGCAAGCAAGGAGGCUGGACUGAUCAAUACUCUAAACCUCUUGUAACUGCAAAGCAUGAUCUUGGCGCGCUUGAGUCUGAUGAAGCCGACGGUCUUAUAAAAAGAAAAGUUUUGAUGCGCUCGCCUCGACCUGGAAGCGCAUCAACUCAGGAAUCUGACCGCAAUUACAGUCCAUCACGCUAUCAGCAGCAAUACGAACCUCAUAAACGAUCGCAUCACAAGCACAAGGUCAAGGCGGCAUCUAUAGACUCUAACAAAUACUCUAAGGGAGCAAAAUUUUCUGAUGAUCGAGAACAUCCUAAUUUUCAUGGCGAGCUUCCCCCAAUUCACUACCUAUCGCGCAGAAUAGAUGUCAACGAUGACAGAGAAUGGAGGACCAACAGGUCCACAUCACUCGAGGUGCAGGACAGUGCUAAGGAUUUUCGGUCUUCGUCGUCGCCAGCAAGAUCACCUCGAGGGAUUCAGGAUGCAGCAUCUUGUGUCGAUGAUGACUUCGAAGGUGUAGAUCCGAUUCACGGCUUAAUGCGAUUGCACCAGUCGUCACCAAAUGAAUCGUUGUCGCCAAAAACAUCAUCAAAGUGUGGUUCUCCGCAUAAGAACUCACGCUACGGACGGAAACACUAUCGUGCCGACGCCAAUCGUAAGUAG